AUGGACUACGUAUCUGACUCUGGUUCAGAUGUCAUUGAAGAGUCCACUGAGCAAAGAUUCACCCGCUUAAUCGACGAGCACGAACGCAGUUUCAAGCAGAAGUUGAGAACACUCACCAGCUUUGCCAAAAUCCUGGCAGACGAUCAUGCAAAGUCGAUCAAACAACUGAGGAGAGCGUGCAGAGACUAUAUGGCAACGGAGACAGAACAUGUCGAACCUACGCAGAACACCAAAUCUUCGCGGCACGCCGCUGCUCAUGACAAAGAAGCUGCCCAGAGGUCAGAAAUCCCGAGUCCGGCUAUACCAUUAACUUCAGCUCCGGUCGAGCAGGAGCCUCCGCUUCGCCACAUGGAGCAUCGCGGAGAUAAUGCGGAUGAUGACGAGGCUGAAGCCGUGGCCGAUAUCAAUCAUGAAGAAGGGUUGUCACCAGACUACAGUGAUGCCACCACAGCGAACAUGCCCCAUCGGAUGCACCUAGCAGCGUCCCAAACUCCAGUGUCAACUCCAAAGCCGAACAUGGGCGGACCGGCUGGUGGGCAGCCUCCUAAAACUAGUCCGGUGGGGACUCCGAAGGUGAGAUGGGCAGACGAAGAAGAGCAGCGCAUGAUAAGUAUUAUCUACAGGUUGUCCCAGGAGACUGAACAGGAGGGGACGAAGGGCGACAUGUGGAGACGUGCAGCAGUGAUGCAUCAAGAAUAUGGAUACAACCGUACCUGGGGACAAAUGGCUGCAAAAUGGUCAAUGCAAACUCGUCACAAGUGCAAGCUAUUGGGCUAUACCUGGGCAGAAAACGUGAUGAUGAAGAAGCCCCAUAUGCCACGGAAGAAACGCGCACUGUCCCCCGACGACCAAGUAUCCGUGGACUCUCCCUUGAAUUUCAAGGAGAAACGAGCGAGGAAGAGGUCCAGGGAAAGUCUCAAAACCGAAGCCACGGCAUCGAAACGGAACCGCACCCCAAACCAGCCCCUCGGCCACCACAGUGAACUUCAACUCCGAUACACCUUUGAGGGUGCAUCCAGUGAUAUUGUUCAAGUGGACUGGUCGCCAGAUGGGCAGUAUUUUGCUGCUGCAGCUAAUUCUGUCGUCAACGAGGACAGCAACUUCUCUGAAAACCGACCGCGCAACCUGCUCUACGGCUCAGUUCCCACGAAGACGAUUCGUGAGUUGCCCGAGCAUCGCAUCGAGCGGCCACAGGGUCAGCCGCAGCAUGUCUACACGACUGUCAGUGCCGUCAGAUUUGGCCCAACCGGCCAUAGAAUGUACACGGGCGGAUACGAUAACAAGUUGAGAGUCUGGGACGUCGAGGACGAGACCCAGAUUGGGUGCAAGGCGGAGUUGCUCUACAAGAACAAGAGGAUUGAAGUGAUGGACGUAACUGGAGAUCAGACCACGAUUGUUGCUACUGGCACUCACAGUGGAACAAGAUCUGUUCGCGUAUUCAUUGGCGACGCGGACCUCACUGCCGAUUGCCGGGAAGUUCGCCCUCUCCGAGAGAUGGGUAUGGACGUAUUUCCGUAUGCUCCUACCUGUCUGAAGUUUGGCAAAGGACAAAGUCAGAACAGACUGAUCGCCGGCUUUGGACAGGACAGCGACACUCUUGAUGGGACCUUUGGCCCCGGUUGCAUGCUUGUGUGGGAGUUUGCCGAAGCCAAAAGCGUGGCGAUGCCCUUUGACCGAGGCAACACGUUUGUGUCCGAUUGUACGUGGUCUCCCAGUGGCGACCUCUUCGUCGUUGGCGCCGUGACGGAUCCCUUGGACAAGAAAGAGCCAUGGGAGCACUCCGUCGUGAAACUAUACUCGACAAGAGAACAGCAACCGACGAUGAGUUUCCGCUGUACAGCAAGAGACAUCAAUGAUGUGACGUGCGAUUUCGACCUUGUCACGGCCUCGUGCACCGACGGUUCGACCUACGUCUGGGAUCGACGCCACCCGCGAGUCCCCGUGCAUAUCUUGAGGCAUGGCAAGCCGGUCGGCGGUUACGCUCAGGGACUUGAUCGCGAGCUGAAUGAUGUUGGUGUGAGAUAUGUGGAGUGGUCUCGCAACGCUGGCCAGCUCUAUACCGGUGGCAGUGACGGGUUCCUCAAGCUGUGGGAUAGCCGUCGCUCACAAGCUGAUGUCCUUGUCCAGGAUGUUGUGGACAUUGGAAACGAGAUACUCUGUGGCAAGUUCUCACCCGACCAUUCGUCUCUGGUGAUUGGUGAUGAGGACGGCCGUUUACAUCUUUUCGGCAAGUCACAGACACCACUGCCGAAAGAGGACUUCAAGUUCAUGUUGGCGGAGAGGUGGGCGGGGCAACCAGCGGGAGGGUCUUCGGACUAA